CUAAAAUUAUACUUAGCACUACUGAGCAUUCUUUGCUAGAAUUUAGCCAGCUAUAGGGAUAUCCCCCUCAUUUCCUUUUCCCGUGUCCAGGCAGUAGAUAUAAAUUAUGUUGGGUGAAUUUAAACACCCAAAGCCCCCUACCAGCGAGAAUUGUUCGCAUUCUUUGCAGACCGCGCGUGACUCGUAACGACAACGUUGCGGACGAUCGAAAGUUGAGGUAAAUUUCUUUGUUCCUCGUUCCUUGCUGUGAGGAAAGCGAACCAAAAUAUUUCAAUCAUGGAAGCCCAUGCAAUCGCUCCUGAUGUUGUCGAUGUGAUUCCAACACAACUUGUAACGGUGAAAUAUGGAGACCUGGAAGUGAAUAUGGGAAAUACCUUGACUCCAGCUCAGGUGAAAGACCCUCCAACAUCAGUUUCAUGGCCUGUUGAAGAAGGGGCAUUGUACACCCUUCUAAUGACUGAUCCUGAUGCACCUUGUCGUGCAGAACCAAAGCUCCGUGAAUGGCACCACUGGAUUGUUGUGAACAUCCCUGGUUGUGUUAUUAGCAAAGGAGAAGUAAAAAUGGAGUAUAUGGGCUCUGAACCACCAAAAGGAACAAAGCUACACCGCUACACCUUCCUAGUGUACAAACAACCUGGCAAAAUCAACUACAUUGAUCAAGCUGUAUGCAGCCAGCCUGGCUUUGAGCGUUCCAGAAGAAAUGCUCGUGAGAUGGCUGCCAAGUACAACCUUGGUAACCCUGUGGCAGGAAACCUUUUCCAGGCAGAAUAUGAGGAACCCCAACCUCAUGGGUGUUGCAAAUGAGGAUUGGAUUUAGGUCAAUGUGCACUUUAACCUGAUGCUUAACAUGGCUGCUAUCAUUAUGGUACAUGGUCUGAUGGCUAUAUUUCUCUAUACUCCACAUAUAUAUUUUAACUCAAAGUCAGAUUCCUUUGGUGUUCAUAUUUGUUGAAUACCUAAUUAAUAGUGUUAGUUUUUGUGGCCACAUAUAACUCAAAGAAAAGGUACCAAGAGGUCAUAAGCCACUUGUCAUAAGUAUAUGGUUAUAAACAAGUUUUCAAAGUCAAGCCUUGGAAGGGUCAAUAAAGACAUGGUACUUAAGUUAGAACUGCUUUGAACAUUAGAGCAAAUUAUAAAAUGCAUCAGAAACUCAAACAUGAAUUUGAAACAAGUUGGAAUGGAUGACACUGGUGGAUUAAGAGAUAGUGCUAUUUAGUGGAAAUCCUUCGGAUGAUUUUGAUGCAAAUUCAGUUUGUUGCUUCCCGAAGUAACUUUGAUACCUAGUUCGAGGUACUGUACGUUACGGACCAUGUUUUUUCAGCGCGGAUAUUCUUGCCUGCGCGCUUCGCUCUUCGGUCAAAAAUUCGAACGGAAAAACACCAGGCUCUGUAAGUUAUAAUACGGAUGGAAACCGAGUUAUUAGAAUGAAAAAAAUUUUCUUACAGCUCUGUUUUCAAAUAGAAGGGGGAUAUUUCAAUUCCAAACUGACUUUUCAAUUUUGCGAGUCCUACAGUGAAAUACGACGGGCCCGCUCGCGCACGUACUAGCUGAGAGAUAGAAGAAUCGUCAUUGUUAUUAGAGCACGUUCAGUUUUGACUUACUGUUGCGAUGCUGUGAGCGAAACCAAAGUCAUACAACAUCCAAUUAAAACAACGGGAGGAUAUGUAAUCGACCUGAAAAUAUAUAUAUAUAUUAACAUGCGAACGAACGUACAACAAGUGAAGUUGGUUUUAGUGCUGUAUCUUAUUGGUUUAACUGAUUUGAGAGGGACUAACGUUACUUGAAAUUUCUUGGAACCAAUCACAUACAUCUAAGGCGGUAAAGUAAAACGAAUGGAAACUCCGAUUAAUUUAGACAUUCAAUUGAAGAUUGCCAUUCCUCUUUUCUAGCAGGACAAGUUAAACAUAGACUGCUCGCACUUUGUUUUCCGGGGUUAAAAAGAGAAGAGACUUAAACAAGAGAGGGUGUGAUGUUUGGGCGAGGGCCCACCAAGCGGUGUCUUUUCGCACCAAAGGCCUUUCGAAUUUGCGGUUUCGGUAUGCCUACUUGUCCAACCUCUCGUCAAAACACCGACUACAGU